GCGAUCACGCGGGCGCGCGCAAAGAGCCUGGGCGAAGAUUAGUGCCGGCAGUACAUUUUUGUCUCUCGUCUUUGCACCUAUCAAGAUACACUUAUAACACAGCGUUAGAAUAGUCAUACCGGCAAAGGAUCCAACUCAAAAAGGGGUGUGUUCGCUUGGAGCCAAGACGACUUGAGAAUCUAGGAUAAACUCACGGGCACCGAAGAGGGACAGUAGUUACACGAAAUGUCUGUUCAGAUGCGAGAGCGGACACACAGUGGAGGUUCUAGCUCCUCUGUGAAAAGAUCGAGUAUCAACCUUCGCAGUUCUCAGUAUAUUGCCCACGAAGAGAAAGACUGGAUUGAAAUCCAGAAAAAUACCUUCACAAAUUGGUGCAACGAGCAAAUCCGUGAGUCAGGAAUUGUGAUCACCGAUCUCGCAAUUGCGUUUAAUGAUGGAGUUACUAUCGUCUAUUUGGUUGAGUCCGUGGCUGAGAAAAAGUGUAAAAACUGCAAGAUGAAUCCGAAAUUUGUACAGGACAAGUUAGAAAAUACAACACAAGCUCUCAAGCUACUGGAAAAUGAUGGGAUUCAACUUGUGAAUAUUGAUAAUCAAGACAUCGUGAAUGGUAACUUAAAGCUGAUCAUGGGUCUGAUUUGGCGCCUUAUCCUGCACUAUCAAAUCAGCUCAAGCGCUAGUGCAUCUGGAAAGCAGCUACUUCUGCUAUGGCUAAAGAACGCACUACCUGAGCUAAAGAUUGGGAAUGUGACAACGGAUUGGAACAGCGGUAUCGCACUUGCUGCCCUCAUCAACUUCUGCGAUCCGCGAUUGAUGACCGACUGGCGGGAAAUGAACCCGGAUAAUAGCAUUGCCAACGUGAAAAAGGCCAUGAAAUGUGCAGAGGAUAACUUCCGCAUCCCUCAGAUUCUUUCUCCCGAGUUGUUUGCCAGCCCCUACGUGGAUGAGCUUAGUAUGAUGACGUACUUGUCGUUUUUCACCCAACCCGGGUCCCCUGGGGAGAGGAAGACCCUUGAGAUUGUGAACAAGAGCGCACCAGGAAUACACGUCAGGAAUUUCAACACUGACUGGAAUGACGGCCGUGCUAUUGUAAAGUACUUGGAAGAGCAGUGUCCAGGAAUGAUUUCAGAAAAUGUCGAUGAGAUGACACCAGUAGAAAGAGUUGAGGUCGCUGUAACAAAUGCUGAGGAAAAGCUUGGUGUCAAGAAAGUCGUCACCGCCAAGGAGAUGACGAGCCCUGAUGUCGAUGAACUUAGCGUCAUGGCCUACAUGCUAUCUUUCCAAAACUGCGAGAAGCUUCGCAGCCACGCCAGCUCCUUCACCGCCGAGGGGACUGGUAUCCGGCGUGCAUUGCGCGGGAGGAGUUCGGACUUUCAAGUGUUCGGGCGACGUGACUUGGGAAUCGAAAAUGCGCGAGUUGAGGUACAGGGACCUCACGGUGAGAAGAUCCCAGUCACCGUCAAACAGACAUUAGAUGGCCUGAAGUGCUCGUGGACCCCUCAAACAGCGGGUCGACACAAGGUAAGCAUUACCCAUGUUGGAGAACACUUGCCAGACAGCCCAUUCUACGUGGACGUACUCGAGGAUGUCAGCGAUACACAGGUCAGCGGUCAAGGCUUGAAGAACGCCGUGAUUUUGAAGCCAGCGGAGUUCAUCAUCAGAGUACACGGGUCAAGUGACGCCAAUGUGACGGCCACAGCUGAAGGGCCGUCAAACGCUGUCCCGGUCAAUAUUGUCCGCAACCGCUCAGAUGGGAGUUAUGUGGCUCGUUUCACGCCCAGGGAGGUAGGAGAGCACAGGAUAACCGUGAUGGUGGGUGCCACGCCCCUUCCCGGCACGCCUUUCGUCACCAAGGUCGGCGAUCCCUCCAAAGUCAUCGUGACACCAGCAGAGAGCAUGCGCAGUCCUGUACUUGGCGAACCAGUCAAGUUUGAAGUUGACACAACAAGCGCUGGUCUCGGAGAACUCGCCAUCAAAUGCAAAGGACCGACGGGUGGGAUCCCUGUGGAUGUACGCGCAACAGCUCGUGGCAAGUACCAAGUGUCGUACCUACCCAACACUCCUGGGGAUUAUGUGACACACUGCACAUUUAACGGGGAGGAUGUUCCCGAAAGCCCUUUGAGGUCCGUGGCCGGGGAUCCGGACAAGAUCGUUGCCCAUGGCGACGGGCUGUAUCAGGUGGAGGUUGGUAGCCCUGGCGAAUUUUUCAUCACCCUUCAUGGCGCCGCACGAGGUGGCCUAGAAGUGUCCGGUGACGGGCCUAAUGGACACUUCCCCGUAGAGCUGGUCGAGUCCUCCAGGGACAAUGACACCUAUACCGUCCGGUUUAUGCCCCAAGGUGUCGGCAUUCACAAGAUACAUAUCCGGUAUAAUGGCCGCCCUGUCCGGGGUAGUCCAUUCUUGGUCAAGGUGUCCGAUGCAUCCAAGGUUCGGCUUUCUAAGAACGUGCACACAAGUGGUAGAGGUCACGUGAUCCGUCAUGAGGUGGAUGUGCCCUUGGAGGUACCGCGGGAAGCUGGGGAGGGAGAGCUUAGUGCUACGUGUGUUGGUCCCGACAUGGAGUCCGUGGCCACCUCCGUGACCAAAGAGCGGGAUGGGAAUCAUCACAUCAGAUUCAUGCCAAACCGCUCGGGUAUCUAUACACUGAGUGUGUUUUACGGAGGCAGGGAGGUCACUAACAGCCCAUUGAGACUUAGGGUCGGGGACCCGUCAAGUGUUCGCCUGAGGGAGUCGGUGCGACAGAGCACUGUGUACAACACUAUGACCGAGGUGGACGUGCCGAUUGACGUUGAAGAUGAUGUCGAGGAGAUUACGGCUGCCGUUCAUGGCCCGAAUGAUCAGUUCGUCAAGUCUACGCUGUCCAAGGAAAAUGACGGGCUAUACCAUAUAAGGUUCAUGCCUGAGCAGCCAGGCCGGUACACCGUUGAUGUUCUUUGUGAAGGGUAUCACAUUGCCAAUAGUCCGCUGAUCAUGAGCAUCGAGGACUCCAAGCCUGUACAGGUCAAGCUGAGGGAGUUUGAGAAACAGGAGACCAUCCGCUACCGCGUUCGUCAAGAAGUUGAUGUUCCCAUGGAGAUCCCUUCCCAAGUGACCGAGGUAUCGGCGGAGGUCCGAGGUCCUUCCAAUGAGCACGUUCUGUCCACGUUCCGUAAAGAGCCCGAUGGCUACCACCACCUCCGAUUUGUGCCCUACAGCAAGGGCACUUAUAAGGUGGACGUGAGAUGCAAGGGGAAGUCUGUAGAAGGGAGCCCAUUCAGCAUGAAUGUUGGCGACCCCAGCAGCACCCUAGUUCGCCUGCGCGAGGCUGAUCCAAUCGAGAGCCAGUACAUGGUCAGCCGUGAGCUCGAUAUUGCCAUGGAUAUCCCGGAUGAUCACUGGGAAGUGACGUCAGAGGUCCGUGGCCCGGAUGAAGAGAUCUUCCCGUCAAGCAUCGGGAAGGGAGAAGAGGGCUGUUAUCACGUGAAGUUCAUCCCGAACAGACCAGGAACGUACAAGGUCCACGUGAGGUGCGACGGUGAACCCGUGGAGAACAGUCCAUUUCUCAUCAAAGUGGGUGAACCGGAACCCGUGCAGGUGGCUCAUGUGCGCAGCGAGGAGCUUUUCGCUGAGCGCAUCAUCCAGAAUGAGGUCGAUCUGACUGUGGAGACGACGUCCGGUGCAGAGGGGGGCUACUUCACGGCCAACGUGACAGGGCCUGACGAGAGUGACGUACCGUGUGAACUCAGUCGCGAUUCACAGGGACAUAACCACGUGAAAUUCAUGCCAUAUAGGCACGGGCAAUACAAGGUGUUCGUGCGUUACCAAAACCAAUUAGUAGAAGGAGCGCCCUUCCUCGUAAACGUCACCGAGCAGACCAGGGCUGUCAUGACCAUCGACAGGAACGAGAAGUUCUACCAGUACAGCGAGGUCGAGUGCCCCAUGGAUGUUCCUGUAGGAACACAUCCUAAUGAGCUCAAUGUGCAACUGUACGACCCUGAGAGCAAGCCCAUGAAGUGCACAGUUGUACGAGGCCGAGACAGCUCUCAGUGCUUUAUAAGGUUUGUGCCACAUAUGGUUGGCACCUAUGAGAUGUACGUUCAUUACAACGAGGAGGCCGUCGAGGGUUCCCCUUUCCAAAUCCAUGUGUACGCCCCUGAGGAAAGAGUGGACCCGAGAAAGGUUUUCGCUUCAGGUCCCGGGCUUGUGGGAGGUCUGGUUAACGAGCGCACCGAGUUUAACGUGGACGCACGCAAGGGCGGCGAUGGUGUGCUGACCGCCACUCUAUCCGGCGUCAAACACAAGAGCGAUGUGGAGAUCCAGGAGCGGAACGAUAGCCACUAUAACUGCCACUACACAGCGCCCUAUGCCGGCGCUUAUAUACUACACGUCAGAUGGGAUGGGAGAGACAUUAAAGAUAGCCCAUAUAAGGUCACCAUCCGCGAUCGUCAAUCCGACCAGGUUGCUGUGGACGGACCGCUGACCAGGAGUGAUUACGUCACCUACACAAACACCGUCACUACCUUCACCAUCAGGGCUCUUGAAGGCAGUGGACCGCUGUACGUACGGUGUGCGGGCCCGACUCAAGACUGUGACGUCAAUGUGCAAGACAACCAGGAUGGUACCUACGCAAUAAAGGUCUACCCUACCGAGGUAGGCACUCAUCUUGUGUACGUAGAGUGGGGAGGUCGGUCCGUGGAAGGAAGUCCCUUCAUGUUCCGCGUGGGACAGACAGGAGACCCCAGCAAGGUGCGAGUGUAUGGGCCAGGCAUCGAGAAUGGUCUCAGGUACAACUUCAAGGGACAUUUCCUGGUCGAUACCAAGGGUGCAGGACCAGGGACUCUCAAGAUUCGCAUCCACGGACCUAAAGGCGCAUUUAAGGUCGAGAUGUACCGAGACACGACCAAGGACCGAACAAUUGGCGUCCGCUACAACCCAACAGAGGCCGGUCGCUACACCGUGAACAUCCGAUGGGGUGACGAGCCGAUCCUCGGGAGUCCAUUCGAGGUGAACAUCGUAGAAACUCAACAGGAGCUGGACCAGUUGAACGAGCUGCAAGACAAUCACGUGACCAAUCGCCGUCUCUCAGACACGGCCCACCUUUAGAAAGGAAUGACGUCAUACAGGAAGCAGGGUCACAGUGGCAAGUGCCUGAGAACGGAAGUGACGUCAUUCAGGUAGACUGGUGCAGACAGGUGUAGAUUUCCAAAGGAAUAAAGCGCGUAGGGUAAUAUCGUUAGAGACGUCACAGAGGCCGAAAUGACGUCAUUUAUUAGAGUUUUAUAUUAUUGGACAAAUAAUGAUGAGGAUUUUUUUAAAGAAAUAAUCACGCCUUAAGGAUUAAAAUAUAAGCAAAGCUUCAGAAGGUAACGAAUGGAAAAGAAAUUCGAUACUCAAUAGCCAACUGAAAAACAGAUGACAUCCAAGGUCACAAUUAUUCAAUUUAGUACAGUUUUGACGCGAAUUAAUGUGAUGUCGUCUGUUUUGAAGGACUUUUAAGAGUCAUUGUUGCAUAAAAUGUAAAAGGAUGACCAAAGGAUUAGAUUUCAUUUCGACACAUUCGUCAUGUGCACAAUAAUCAAAGCUAUAGAUUUGAUUUGUAAACCAGUUGUGUUCACCACAAAAAUAUGCGUAGAGCUCAGGAAAUUAGCUAGAUAUAACAAGGUAAUAGAUUGUCAUAACUGCGAUUUUAGCAUUAACAUACUAACAGGCUAACAUACUAACAAAUUGUACUAACAUUGUAAUGUAACCAUGUAGUUUCAUCAUUUAUUGUAAGACUGCAGCAUAUUAUUAAUACAUGCAUAACCAAACUAA